GGACGGGACAUAGGAGAGAGCUCUGCUAGAAUCUUUCACUUAUAAUUGCUACGCUUUGCCUUGCUUCACCUUCCUACUCUCCUUCUCAUUUGUGCAAGGGUGGGAAGGGAGUCGUGCUUCUUUCGAUCCCCAAAUUUAAGGUAACAAAUUCUUGGUUUUUCUUUAUUAAUUCGGCUUAAUUGGCUUCGUUCAAAUUAGCGCGACGGUUUUUUCUUUAUUUUCUUCCUUUUCAUGGAGCUGGCACAUGCCAAGGAGUUUCUCCAGGGGUCCCUCUCCGAGGGAACCCCGCCACCACAGGACCUGGGUAGCACACUCUCCUCUAUUGCGCCUAAAGCGGCGCUCUCUAAGCUUCCCGCCACGGUAGUAGGUCCCUCCGCCCGCGCUUCGGCGUCUGGAGCGGCUGGGGAACGGGCUUCAGAGCGGCCCCCGUCCAAAGCCCUCAAAAAGUCAAAGCAUAUUGGCGAACUGCCUAAAAAGAAAAAGAAAAAGGCGAAGGAGGCUUUAUUAAAAGCGGAGGCUGGAAAAUGCCUUAGUGAGCGGCUCCUCAUUCAAGCCGUUUGUCGGCAGUCGAAAGUGAAACUGGGGAAAAAUGGCUCCAAAGCAACAGGGAGCUCGAAUAAACGGCCCGUUUUAGAGGUGGUUGACCGGAGCCCGGUGGGCACGAUCCCGGCAGCCAUUCCUCUGCCCCUAGUGGGCUCAGUGGUUGAGGGGGAACCGGCUUGCCCGCGCAGUCCCUCCCCACUGUCGGAGCACCCCCCUGCUGGACCGGAUCCUCUGGUGCCUACAGCGAAUCCUGUAAGUAAGGAUCCUUUUCCCCCCAGAGCCACCCAGUGGCUCAGAGAGUUUUUUAAGAGGGAGUUUACUCUUGAGCCACCUGCGGCUCCGAUUUCUGGGUCCGGGCUUCAGCCUCUCCCAACGGGAAACUUACAACCCCAGCCCUUAGCCCCCGCUCCAUCUAGGGGCAGGCAGCUCCAUAGAAGAAGGGGGGCAGACAGACUCUCAUCCCCGUCACCUGACUCCAGCCCCCGCCGCAGGGCUAUUCCGCUGGCUGAAAGGGGCUUCUUUGUUCCCAGAUAUUUGGCACACAGACCCAAAUGGAGGCGUAGGGUCUCUUCCUCCCCCCCUCUCCCCCCCUCACAGAAGAGAUAAACGAAGUUUAUCCACCAGACCCGUGGGCAACCUCCCCAAAAAGCAUUAUAAUUUGCCCACUGAUGUGAUUAAAUUGUUGAAUGUUCCUAGGGUGGAUCCGCCCGUGGCAAAAAUGGUCUCGGGCGCCUUGGUUCUUGCUGAAGGGCAGGAGCAGCUAAAAUCUCAAGAAGACAGGCGUUGUGACACACUCCUGAGAAAAGUGCAUGAUGCCUCUGCCUCGACUAUUAAGAUGGCCACUACCAAUUCUAUUUUUUCUCGAGCUUCGCUUUUGUGGGCGAAGGAACUGGUCAAGCUAGUCCCUCCUGAACUCCCCAAGCUUCACCAAGGCAGUAACAAGAUCGCCAAGGCGUCGGCCCUUGCAGCCAACUCAAGCUUGGAUUGUAUCCAACAUUCUUCCAGGGCCCUGGCAGCGGGAGUAGCCGCUCGCCGCACUUUGUGGCUAAAACCAUGGAAUGCUGAUUCAAAAUCCAAAUUGGCCCUUACAGUCGCUCCCUUUGCAGGUGAGAAUCUCUUCGGUUCCUCCUUGGACCCAGUACUAGUUGAAACUCAGGAAAAGAAAAAAGCCAUGUCUUUCUCCCGCAGGGGCUCUAGACACUCCUUUCGGGGCUCACGAUCUUCCUUUCAACCCUACAGACAACCACAGCUCCAGAAUAACCAGUACAGAGACUUCAGACCACAGUCAUUCAGAGGCUCCUCCAGACCCCAAUGGCGGCAGCGAUACCGGGGCAACACCAGGGGAUCCACACCCAAGCAGCCAUCCCCUGCUUACCCGCAACGCAAACCAUGACGCCAUCCCAGUGGGGGGCAGACUCGUGGAGUUCUCCUUAACCUGGCUCUCCACGACGUCAGACACAUGGGUUCUGGACACUGUCACCCACGGAUACUCCAUAGAGCUAUCCUCCUCCCCUCAUCCCCACUUUAUUCCCACGCCACGGUCGAACAAUCCGGUCAAGCAUCGGCUGAUGCUUCAAGCAGUGAGACACCUCCUUUGGAUACAGGCGAUAGAACCCGUUCCAUCCUGUCAAAGAUUUCGCGGCACAUACUCCAUCCUCUUUUUGGUACCAAAAAAGGAUGGAUCCUGGAGGGCUGUCCUCGAUCUCAAGUCAUUCAACCGCUUCAUCACCAAACGGAAAUUCUGUAUGGAGUCCCUCCAUACUAUAAAGGAGGCCGUGUGCCCAGGAGAUUACCUAGCCUCGAUCGACCUUUCAGAGGCAUACCUACACGUCCCGAUCAGGAACUCAGACAGAUGUUUCCUUCGCUUCGCUUACAACAACCUACACUUCCAGUACAGAGCGUUGCCCUUCGGCCUGUUGUCGGCACCGAGGGUUUUCACGAAAAUCAUGGCAGCCCUGAUCUCACACCUGCACCUACAGGGGGUACACAUACACCCCUUUUUGGACGAUCUACUAAUCAGAGUGCACUCUAAACCUCAAGCCCUCAAGGACACCCAGGUAUCUCUGACAGCAUUACGGGACCACGGCUUUGUCAUCAACCGGGGAAAAAGCCACUUGAUUCCCACUCAACGACUGGUCCACCUAGGUGCAUUGUUCGACACAGUUCAAGGACGGAUCUUCCUUUCGGACGAGAGGAGGCAAAAGAUUAUAUCUCAGAUCCAGCCUCUCUUACACAAGAACAGAGAGGACGUCAUGGUCCUGGCACAGACCUUGGGAUCAAUGAUUGCGUGCUUGGAAUGCACACCAUGGACAAGGUGGCACUCCCGGCCACUCCAAUGGGCAUUGCUUCCCUUCCAAGACGACAUAAUGGCGGUCUCGCACACAAGCAUCCCAAUAUCCAGGCGGGUGAGACACUCCCUUCACUGGUGGCUCUCGCCGGCCCUUCUCAAGGGACUUCCCCUGAUGGAACCCCAUCGCAUAGUCCUCACCACGGAUGCCAGCCUCUCCGGAUGGGGAGCCCACUGCCAGGGCCGCAUAGCUCAAGGCACCUGGUCUACAGAAGAAGCCCGUCAACCCAUAAAUUGGCUGGAACUCCGAGCGGCCCGACUGGCGCUCCUUCAUUUUCAGCCCCUCCUGCAGGGACAGCAUGUUCUCCUCCGAACGGACAACAUGACCGUCAAAGCUCACAUCAACCGUCAAGGGGGCACCAAAUCCAAGUUACUCAUGUCAGAGGCCGAUCUACUCUUCCUAUGGGCGGAAGCCAACAUCCUAUCAAUCCUAGCAGAACAUGUCCGGAGAAAGGACAACGAUCUAGCGGACUGGCUGAGCCGGAAGUCGCUGGAUCCAGGGGAAUGGUGUCUUCAUCCGGAAGUUUUCGACCAGAUGUCUAGAGUACUCGGGCAGGCACAAGUGGAUCUCUUUGCAUCUCCAGCCAAUCACAAGCUUCCCCGCUUCAUCGCCAGGUACCUCUGCAAUCAAGCAGAAGCAAUAGAUGCUCUCCACUCGCCUUGGCCAAAAGGCCUCCUUUACGCCUUCCCUCCCAUUCUGAUCAUCAGGCAAGUCCUCAAGAAACUUCUCCGGGAAGAAGCAGAAAUGAUCCUGAUAACCCCUUUCUGGCCCAGGAGACCCUGGUUUUCAGAUCUCGUCGAACUCUCCACACAACAUCCCUGGCGUCUUCCAAUCUGCAGAGAUCUCCUAACACAGGGGCCGCUGCUACACCCCGACCCCCAAUGGCUUCAGCUCACCGCAUGGAGGUUGAGCGCGAAAACCUCAGGACCAAGGGUUACCCCACAUCGGUCCAAGAUACCAUCAUAGCCGCUAGAAGACCAUCAACCCAACGUGUAUAUCAGUCCACCUGGAAGGUUUUCCUGCAAUGGGCUCGGGCCCAUCGGAAAGAUCCAAUUAACGCAGGCAUUCCAGAGGUCCUCGCUUUUCUCCAAAAGGGCCUAGAUCUGCAGCUCCGCCCUAGCACACUCAAACGACAGGCCUCUGCCCUGGCCUCGGUCCUGGACAUCUCCUACUCAAAGGACGACCAGCCAUCUCUCCAUCCACACAUUUCCAGAUUUCUCCGUGGCGCGACAAACCUUUCUCCGGCACCCAUCAAACGCUUCCCUUUGUGGAACCUGAAUCGUGUACUGAAUGCUCUAACUAAAUCUCCUUUUGAACCCUUGUCCUCCAUUUCCCUUCGCCUUCUGUCAUUCAAGGUGCUUUUCCUGGUAGCGAUCACCUCCGCUCGCCGGGUAUCUGAGCUGGUUGCUCUGUCCUCUAGGGACGAGUUUUGCAUCUUCCAGUCUGACACAGUCACCCUCCAUCUAGACCCGACCUUUUUACCUAAAGUCAACUCAUCCUUUCACAGGGCUCAACCCAUCGUUCUCCCUUCUUUCUGUCCAAAUCCAACUCACCCCAGAGAAAGGUUGUGGCACAAUCUAGAUGUGCAUAGGGCCCUAAAGGUGUAUUUGCGCAGGACAAGGGACAUUCGCAAGUCAGACGCCCUCUUCGUCUCCUUCCAUCCUCCCUCCAUUGGCACCAGGGUUUCUAAGGCCACUCUAGCGGGAUGGAUUAGAUCAUGCAUCUCCCUGGUGUAUGAAGCCCUACGUCUUUCCCCCCCCGGGGGUAUUAUGGCCCAUUCUACCAGGAGCGCGGCCGCUUCGGCUGCCUUCUCAGCUCACAUUCCCCUGAACGAAAUAUGUAGAGCGGCUACCUGGGCCUCUAUCACGCCCUUUAUCAGGCAUUACAAAAUCUCAAGCCUCUCUGACGUUCAAGCAGCCUUCGGGCGUACAGUCUUGCAGCAGGUGCUUUAGUUCCCUUCUUCCCUCCCUGGGACAUAUAAUCUGUUAAAUAGGCUUAGGUAUGUCCCUCACUGAGGAUCUCCUACUCAGGGGAAAAAGGAACAUUGGUCCUACCAUGAAGGGUUCUUUUCCCCCGAAGUAGGAGAUCCUCAGGCCCACCUCUAAUGGGAGGCAAGACUGUUACUAGGUUAAAAAUAAUGUUUCUUCUUCUUGGGAAGGGAAACCACAGCGGGUACUCGUUGCCGACUCUCAGGGUUCCCAGUAUGUAUUGCUUUACCUGUAUCUUUCCUGUACGGCACCUACUAAUCUUCUCUGUUAGUUUUUUUCUUUUUUCUGUUUACUCUCCUAUAUCUCUAGAUUACCUGACUGACAAGCACAGAGCUCUCUCUCCAUGGACCUUACCUCGCUCAUCAGCCCUGGAGCUGGGGCUAGGAGGCGUUUCCGCCUACUUUCAAGUCACAUGGUCCAGUUCUGUCUCGGGCAUGCGCAGUCCACUACCUCACUGAGGAUCUCCUACUUCAGGGAAAAAGAACCCUUCACGCAGGUGACAGUUUGAAGAGGAAGAAUGAGGGGGAACCCAGCGGAGCAUUAUUGGGAGGUGCCAGAUGGAGAAAGAGGAAACAGCAGCGACAAAAACCGAGAGGAAAAUUGAGGAACAGAAAUGGAUCAUCUGCUUCCCAGCAGGGAAUCCAAAGAAUGAUGCAGAAGGAGAGGGAAAGAAGCCUUUGCCUGGGAAGUAGGAAAGGUUUCCGUUCUGAAACUAGCUUUCAACCUCAGUGCAAAAUUCAGCCAAAGGAUAAAGCAUUUGAAUGCUUGGAGUGUGGAAAGUGUUUCAGCACAAAAGGAAAACUAACUAGGCACCAUAGAACAAACACUGGGGAGAAACCACAUAAAUGCUUGGAGUGUGGAAAGAGCUUCAGCAUGAAAGGAAACCUUGCUAGACAUUAUAGAACCCACACUGGGGAGAAAACACAUCAAUGCUUGCAGUGUGGAAAAAUAUUCAGUACGAAGGGAGAACUUAAUGUGCACCAUAGAAUACAUACUGAGGAGAAACCACAUACAUGCUUGCAGUGUGGAGAGACCUUCAGCAUGAAAGGAAAACUUGCUACACAUUAUAGAACCCACACUGGGGAGAAACCAUAUAAAUGCUUGGAGUGUGGUAAGAGCUUCUGCAGGAGUGAUGAACUCACUGUGCAUCAUAGAACCCACACUGGGGAGAAACCACAUAAAUGCUUAGAGUGUGGAAAAAGCUUCAGGACGAGUGGAAACCUAACUAGUCAUCAUAGAACUCACACUGGGGAAAAACCAUAUAAAUGCUUGGAGUGUGGUAAGAGCUUCAGCAGUAGUGGAGGUAUCAUUAAGCAUCAUAGAACCCACACUGGGGAGAAACCAUAUAAAUGCUCGAAGUGUGGAAAGAGCUUCAGGACGAGUGGAGAACUAAAUAGUCAUCAUAGAACCCACACUGGGGAGAAACCACAUAAAUGCUUGGAGUGUGGAAAGAGGUUCAGGCAGAGUGCACACCUUACUGUGCACCAUAGAACCCACACUGGGGGGAAACCAUAUAAAUGCUUAGAUUGUGGAAAGAGCUUCAGCAGUGGUGGAGAUCUCACUAAGCAUCAUAGAACCCACACUGGGGAUAAACCAUAUAAAUGCCUGAAAUGUGGAAAGAACUUCAGCAUGAAAGGUAGUCUUGCUUUACAUUAUAGAACCCACACUGGCGAUAAACCACACAAAUGCUUGGAGUGUGGAAAGUGCUUCAAGAGGAGUGGAGAUCUCACUGAGCAUCAUAGAACCCACACUGGGGUGAAACCAUAUAAAUGCUGGGAGUGUGGAAAGAGCUUCAGGACAAGCAGAGAGCUAACUAGUCAUCAUAGAACUCACACUAGGGAGAAACCACAUAAAUGCUUGGAGUGUGGAAAGAGCUUCAGCAUGCAAGGAAACCUAGCUAGACAUUAUAGAACCCACACUGGGGAGAAACCACAUAAAUGCUUGGAGUGUGGGAAGAGCUUCAGUGUGAAAGAAAACCUAGCUAGACAUUUUAGAACUCACACUGGGGAGAAACCACAUCAAUGCUUGCAGUGUGGAAAGAGAUUCAGUACGAAGGGAGAACUUAAUGUGCACCAUAGAAUCCAUACUGGAGAGAAACCACAUACAUGCUUGCAGUGUGGAAAGAGCUUCAGCAUGAAAGGAAACCUUGCUACACAUUAUAGAACCCACACUGGGGAGAAACCAUAUCAAUGCUUGCAGUGUGGAAAAAGAUUCAGUGUGAAGGGAGAGCUUAAUGUGCAUCAUAGAACCCACACUGGGGUGAAACCAUAUAAAUGCUGGGAGUGUGGAAAGAGCUUCAGGACGAGUGGAGACCUAACUAGUCAUCAUAGAACUCACACUGGGGAGAAACCACAUAAAUGCUUGGAGUGUGGAAAGAGCUUCAGCAUGCAAGGAAACCUAGCUAGACAUUAUAGAACCCAUACUGGGGAGAAACCACAUAAAUGCUUGGAGUGUGGGAAGAGCUUCAGCGUGAAAGGAAACCUAGCUAGACAUUUUAGAACUCACACUGGGGAGAAACCACAUCAAUGCUUGCAGUGUGGAAAGAGAUUCAGUACGAAGGGAGAACUUAAUGUGCACCAUAGAAUCCAUACUGGAGAGAAACCACAUACAUGCUUGCAGUGUGGAAAGAGCUUCAGCAUGAAAGGAAACCUUGCUACACAUUAUAGAACCCACACUGGGGAGAAACCACAUCAAUGCUUGCAGUGUGGAAAAAAAUUCAGUGUGAAGGGAGAGCUUAAUGUGCACCAUAGAAUCCAUACUGGGGAGAAACCACAUAAAUGCUUGCAAUGUGGAAAGAGCUUCUGCAGGAGUGGAGAACUCAUUUUGCAUCAUAGAACCCACACUGGGGAGAAACCCUAUAAAUGCUAGGAGUGUGGAAAGAGCUUCAGCCAGAGUGGACGAGUGGAAACCUAACUAGUCAUCAUAGAACCCACACGGGAGAAACCACAUAAAUGCUUAGAGCGUGGAAAGAGCUUCAGCCGGAGUGCACACCUUACUUUGCAUCAUAGAACCCACACUGGGGAGAAACCAUAUACAUGGUGUGGUAAGAGCUCGAGCUGGAGUGCACACCUUACUGUGCACCAUAGAACUCACACUGGGGAGAAACCAUAUAUAUGCUUGAAGUGUGGAAAGAGCUUCAGCCAGAGUGGACAUCUAACUAAGCAUCAUAGAACACACACUGGGGAGAAACCCUAUAAAUGCUAGGAGUGUGGAAAGAGCUUCAAUAGGAAGGCAGACAUUACUGCUCACCAAGAAACUCAUUCAUGGUAGAAACCAUAUACAUGCAUGGCACUUGUAAAGAGCUUCAUUCUUAUGGCUACGCUUCCUUCAGCAGUGUUUAGAGAUCCGUUUUUGUGUCUGUUACGAAUCAAUGUGUAUAUUUGGUUCAAACAGAUUGAUGUAUCUUAGUGUUUCA